AUUGAACCCUAUAAUUUUGUACUGUACUACACCUAACCAUACUUAAGAGAUAUCCAGAGCACUUUAACACAACACAAAAUGUACUGUGUAGGAGAACAUCUCGUAGAUUGUCUAAGACGUCAUCAUUUGGGGUUCAUACGCUACUGUGUAGGAAUCUUUGGUUCGUAAUUUGGACUAAGGACACACCGUCCACUUUUAGUUACCACGCGGUGGUCCACCGAUCCUAAACUAGUGAGUUAUUAGUCUCCAUCCAAGAGCCACUCAACCGUCCGAAGUCAUUGACGCCAGGAUGGCCGAUAUAAGUUCGGCAGUUGAGACGUUCUGAGUCGCUGUGACUUUCCGAAAUCCAACGCGCGAUUAUUUACGAAACCUGAGACUAGACUCCACUAUGUUCUUUCUGACCUAUCUAUAUUACAAAGUCCUUGCCGUGUUAAUCAGGGCUCUCGCUAGUCGCGGCAAGCAUCCUAUUUCUAGCCCCAAUGACGUCGUCUAUAUUCAGUCGCGGGAGGCAGCGCGAACAAUCAAAGCACAUGUCUACCGAUCGGCAUCGGCGCCGAACCCAACCCCCAUUCUCAUCAAUUUCCAUGGCAGUGGAUUCAUUAUUCCUAUGCACGGGAGCGACGAUGAAUUCUGCCGGCAAGUCAGCCGAGAGACGGGGUACACGGUGCUAGAUAUACAAUAUCGUUUAGCACCAGAGCAUCCCUUCCCCGCAGCCCUCCAUGAUGCCGAGGAUGCGGUGAACUGGGUUCUCCAGCGGCCUGAGAAAUUCAAUACAUCCCGGCUGGCGAUCUCGGGGUUCAGCGCCGGGGGUAAUCUGGCUUUGGCACUCUCCUCAAGUGUUUUCCCCCGAGGAACCUUUCGAUCAUUGCUCGCUUUCUAUCCCCCGGUUGACUUGUACACGGAACCAGGCUUGAAGACUCCACCGGAUUCUGCAGGAAAGCCGCUGCCUGUAGCGCUAGCCCGAGUUUUUGAUAGAUGUUACAUUCCUGCGUCCUACGAUGCCAGAGACCCUCGAAUUUCGCCUUUAUAUGCCCAAGCUGACCGCUUUCCCGACCGUAUCCUAUUGGUGACGGCAGCUUGUGAUAGCCUUGCAGGCGAAGCUGAGGCGCUUGCCGCUAAGAUUGGAAAAGAACCGGAGCGGGAGAUUCGUGUUUACCAGAUGCAGGGCUGCAAUCAUGGCUUUGACAAAAAUGCCCCCGAAGGGAGCAUUUCAGCAGACGCGAAAGACAAGGCCUACGCUAUGGCCAUCGCAAUGUUGUCCGCCUCUUGAGAGAUGAGACAUCAUAUUAUCAGCUUAUAUAACUCAUAAAAAUUUCAUAGUUAUGCCUUUCGCUUCUUUUGUUUAGGAUCGGGUAAAAUCGUGCAUUGGCGCCAGCUGGUACUCCAUACGAUAGACGGUGAGGUGUCAACUUAGGCCACCGCAUCAUCGAAUCACGAGAUAAAGAAUAAGUAACCAGGAUGAUGGGACGGUGACGAUCCUGAAACUGGAGAAGAACAGUGGGCCAGUAGAGAAAAUCCUCAUUAACCGUUGAAACUUGAAGCAGCGGUGCCUGACUUGGAGGCGAUGGUGA